CGCAGAUUCGAGAAACGUUAACCUUUCAAUUUGGUAUUCGAUAAGGUAGGGACGGAAUACGCAUGGAAAUUUGAAAAUGAAGGUGAUUAAUGUGAAUGAAGCUUCGUUCAAAUAAUUACGUUCGCUUAUUAAUUUAGUCUGAUGAGCCUGAGCAAUACAUGCGGUUGGUCGUCUAGCUAAUUCAUCGAUGUCGUGGUAUUAGAUUCUUCCAACAAACAAAAUGACGCCCAAAUGCAAGCCUCAUUCCGAGAGCAAGGACGUGAGCGUUGCCAUCAUCGGUGGCGGCGUUUCUGGUCUGGCGCUUGCUCAGGGCCUGUGUGCGAAUCAAAUACGUUGCACGGUUUUUGAUACGGGCAGGGGUUCCGCCGGCGGUCGAUGCAGUUCUCGAAUCCUAAAAGACAAGGCUUCCGCUUCACCAGUCACUGUCGAUCACGCUUGUCAGAUAUUUCGUGGCUUCGCUGAGGAGGACGCGCAGCCGCUUCUUGCUAGUGGCAUCGUACGAAUUGUCCAGGAUGAAGAAGUCGCAACUCUGGAAUACCAAAGAGAAAAAGGGAUAAGCGAACAAGAUGGAGAUGAUGGAGAAAGUCGCUCCAGUUUUUUCACGAAAACAAAAAUUGGUGGAGAAACCGAAAUCCGACCAAAGCAUGAAAUAAACGACGUCAAGAAAGAGGUCGAAGUGAACGAAAAUGCCGCUUCGUCAAGUUCGACUUCGCCAGGGAAAAGUGGUGCUCUCCUUGUUCCUGCAAACGCUAGUCGAGGAGUGGGUUCCCUCGUCGACUUUCUUGUGAAGAAGUGUGGAGAAAGGAAUGGUAAAGAGUUUCAACUGCGCUUAGAAACAUGGGUUUCCGAAAUUUUCUGGGACACACCUACGAAACGCUGGAUGAUAAAGGACACUGAAGGAUGGCGUACAGAAACGUAUUCGCAUCUCUUAAGACUACUGUCACCUUAGCUUCACUAGUUGUGGUAGUUCUUCAUCAUUACUUAACAUAAUGCACUUGCUUUCACUGAUGCCCAUGCUAUUGUAAGCUUUAGUAUCGGAACUGCAGGUGGCAAAAGCAUAAGCAAGGAAGCACGUAGUGGUUCCGCAUGCGUAUUCUCGUCUUUCGAGGACCCCCUCACUCUCACACUCUAGGUUGGCAGAUUGAAAAAUAACUGCAAUCUUCCCUCUAAUUUCAGUCAUGGCACAUUGUGGCAAGUGCGCCACGCGCCUGAUCGAAACAGCUAAAGAGGUGCAGAGUUCUCUCAUCGCCUCCAAGUACUUGAAUUGUCGAUUUGUCAGAGGCGCUCGAGAGGUGGGAGGUGAAGAUACCUUUACAGCUACCGGUAAGAGCAAAGGAAAAAAACAGGCCUUCAGCAAGAGUGGACGCGGCACAGGAAAGACCUUGGACGACGUGACGAGCAAGGCGAAGCUCGACAUAGUGUCCCAGUAUUCCGUUAUUGUGAAGGUAAAGCAAAACGUGGAGUGGAGAUCUUCCCCGGCUUCGAAUGGUGGUCAACAAGAGCCACCGUGGUACUUUCAGAUCCAGAACCACCCUGUGCUUUCGUCAGCGACGAACAACAGGAAUAAGUACCAACAUGAUGGGAACAUCAAGAAGGGUGAAACUUCUCGUCUAGUCAAUAGAGGUGGCGAUAUGUGGACACUGUUAUCCACAGUGCAGUUUGCGCAUGAGCACAAGUGCGCACAAGAAAACAUUCCCGCGUCUGUGCGUGCUCUGGUUUCGAAGGAAAUAUGCGUCGCCUUCUCCAAAGUUUUGGAUUUUUGCGCCCAAAGCGGAAGUGCUUCUAUUAAAGACGACGUAGAAACUGUCUUCGAAGUUCAGCACGUUCAACUGUGGGGAGCCGCUCUGCCAGCGAAUCGGUUGCCUGCUUCAAGCAAUACCACACCAAGGCUGGGGUCGUAUCUUUACGAUGCGGAUUUUCAUCUCGGAGUUGUCCGCGAUUGGCUUGCGGGUGACAACAUUGGUGCCGCAUUUCGAAGUGGGAGAGAACUGGCUGAUGCCUUGGUUCAUCUUACCACGUCUUCCUCUUUUACAGGUCGUGAGAUGGCAUCAUCUCGAAACCUGGGUGAGCGAGUUGAUUUUUGCAGUUGCAGCAAUGAUGUUAGUGCCCGCACUGCCUCUACUGCCACAACAAACAAGAGUUCCGCACAUGCGCCUUCAUUCAGCGAACGAAGAGACGAGCAACCUCUUAAGAACAUCUCAGCCGAACUUCCGUCUAACGCACAAGCAGCGGGUGACGCGAGAAGCAGGAGAAGGGCAAGAGGAAGAGGCAGGUGGCAAAAGGACAAGGUCCCUCAGGGUCAGGACGAUGCAAAAAUGAAAAAUGUCGGUAAUAAAAGACAGGACGACGAGCAGCAGAGAGGAGACCUUUUUUUAUCAUCACCUGUCAGUCCCAGUCCUGCGCCAGAGAAAACGAACGAAAUGACGUCGGAGGCAGACACGAAUGACUGCCCUGACGCACCAGCUGAUGAAAAUAAUGCCAACGCCAAGGAAGACGGUGAUUGGAAAUGGGCCGUCCGGCAGCGCGUCUGGGACUAUCUUGAGAAGCAUGAAGAUUUGGCCAGAUUUCCGCGUCCGGUCCGUCAUCGUAUCCCCAAUUUCGUUGGUGCGGAGGCUGCGGCAGAAAAGAAUUUUGCCACUCUACCUGAGUUUCAACGUGCGCGCGUGGUGAAGGUCAACCCGGAUACCCCGCAAAAGCAGAUUCGUUUUUCGACGAUGAAGCAGGGGAAGACGCUGAUGGUGCCGCAGCCCCGUCUUUUAAAGGGAUUUUUCUCCAAAAUCACCCAUGAAGCCGUGAACGCGUAUCACCAAGACAACUCCUUUAAGGGCUGCUCUUUGAAAAUCAAAAUCAAUGUUGGCUAGAUACACAGGUGCAUUAUAGUUACACUUAGUCCGUGGAGUAUACAGAUUACGUCAAUACGUAGGAAGUAGCUGUCUGCUGGUCACUGAUUUUUUCACCAGUGACCUUCAGGAUGCUCCGUCUCAUCACUUCUAACAUCGCCGUGUUAUAUUAGUGCUCCUCCUGAGAUUAUGUACCUGGAUCCACGUGAAUACUAAGAAGGGAGAAACUUCCCGGAAUCUUCCCAGAAUCUCCCCGGAAUCUUUCCCAUCUUCUCGCUAGCAAUGGCCUCGGAAUCUUUUCAGAAACUUCCCCGAAUCUUCUCACAAACUUCCGAAAAGUCACAAAAGUGGCGAAGUUUCUGGAAAGUUUCCGCGAAGUUGCUGCCUUCGGGAUUCACGUGGCUGCAACAUGUUUCUAAUGAGAAUUAUCCGAAGUUAAAUGGCAAUGCUAAUGACGCGAUCAGAAAAGGCGAGGGAGUGUCGAGAGAAUGGCGCUGCUGUUACUAGGAGUACUAGUUGUAGACCCUAUAAUUGUUGAGGAGAAGCCGAAGAUGAAGUGUCGGAAAAACUAUUACUACUAAACUAGAAAAAGGCUAGUUGAGGAGACAUAUCGCCAUACAUGAUUUGGCUUUGACCACACCGACACGACACCGACUUUCUGGAAGGGAGCCCGUCCUUGCUUAGUCUUUCUGUUUCUUGAGCUUCCGCCCGGUUGGGUUAUCGGUUUUUAAGCUUUAGCUUUCGUCUGGUCUACUUAAUGUACUUCGAGCGUGGCGCUCCGCGCUCGCUCGUCUUCUACUAGUACUGGCCUAAUCAAAGAGUACAACGGUUAGUCAGUGGUAGCUACUUAGCGUUGGCCGUCCGAAGCAUCUAGUAGCUGGCUGUAAAGUUGCUCUUCCUUUUUUAAUGUUGCUGUUAUUUUUGAGUGAAUGAAUUUUUGUAUAUUUCUACUCUGGUCUGUCGUUUGUGAAACGCAAUGCGACCCAUCUGGUGGCCAGAAACACGGUAGCCCCAGGAUACAAAAAACAAAAAAAAAAAGAAAUUUUUUCUGAAAUCUGCGAACCCAAAU